UGUUGUGGGGGGCGGGACGGGCAGCCUGGCGAUGCCUGGACAUGGUUGGUGGCCAAAAACAUUUAUCGAAAGAUAGCUUACCCACUUAGAUGGCGAGGACACCGACAAGCAAGUCUUCGCCCGUAAGCCGUGGCUCACGCCUAUAGUCCAGGGAUGCCGAGGAGGGAGGAUCGCUUGAGUCCAGGAGUUGGAGGCUGCAGUGAGCCGUGAUCGCGCCACUGCACUCCAGCCUGGACGACAGAGUGAGACCCUAUCUCUAAACAAAAGAAAGAACGUCUUCAAGCAUGGAGCCAUGAAGCUGGAUUUGGCUUUCUGUCGCUCUCUCUACAGGGUACAGGUGAAAGGGGGCAGACCCCUCAUCAUGCUUUCCAGGCAUCUGCCACUUCCCAGGAAUUGUCUCCCUGGAUAAACAAGGCGAAGUCCCUGGCUGUGCAGAAGCAGUAGCUGUGUGGUGGCACAGUCAGGAAAACUCGGGGGCCCUGUUGGUAUUUUCUACCCCUGACCCGUGUGCAUACUUCUGUCGUAGCUCUCACCACAGUAGACUCUGCUAUCAUUGUGUCUUCCAUCCUCUGAACCCUGUGCAAGGUCUGCUCAUGGUGAAUGCCCAGUAAGGCUCACCUAUUGCUGCUAUCUCGUCAUCAUAUCAUUUCUAUGUGCCCCCCUAGCUAAGAGUCUGGACUGUGGUUACAUUCUCAGGAAUGUUUACAAAGUCAUAUUUAGGUGUGAGGAGAGUAAAACAGAGCUAGACAUAAUGCUGCACACAGCCUUUGGCACUGGAUGCCUGGUGAAUGUCUUGUGCAAAUGGGUAACGUGAGGAGCAGCAUUUGGGGUGCGCAGGACUUAACUAUUUGUGUAUAACAUAUUAUUGAUGCCUGUGUGUCAUACUCCGCUACUCCAAGGCUAGUAGUCAAUUGCAUACCAUAUCUCAGUCUGGCACUGAGGGAAGCAGUCUGGAUGGAGGUACAGCUGGAGAUUUGGUUGAGGGGACUUAUCUCUGACAACAGCCUCUUGUUGAUCUUCCCAGACAGUGACAAUACCCUCCCCUCCCUUGGGCUGGACCCCUCUCUACAGCUAGGAGCCAAUGGCAGAAGACAAAACCAAACCGAGUGAGUUGGACCAAGGGAAGUAUGAUGCUGAUGACAACGUGAAGAUCAUCUGCCUGGGAGACAGCGCAGUGGGCAAAUCCAAUAGAGACGGGGCUUCACCUUGUUAGCCAGGAUGGUCUUGAUCUCCUGACCUCGUGAUCCGCCCACCUCCGCCUCCGAAAGUGCUGGGAUUAUAGGCAUGAGCCACCGCGCCCGGCCUCUGGUUUAGUAUUUUAUAGUUACUUUGACCAUCCUCAACAGCACGCCUGUACAGUAAAAGUGAGGACACAACAAUUAGAAAACAAGCCAGUCUUCAUCCACUAGCAGUAUCUCAGGCAAAAGGUUGUACCAGAUACAAAGACCAUGAUGGAAACAGUGCAUCUGAGGGAAGACUCAUGGAGAGAUUUCUCAUGGAUGGUUUUCAGCCACAGCAGCUUUCCACGUACGCCCUGACCCUGUACAAGCACACAGCCAUGGUAGAUGGCAAGACCAUCCUUGUGGACUUUUGGGACACGGCAGGCCAGGAGCGGUUCCAGAGCAUGCAUGCCUCCUACUACCACAAGGCCCACGCCUGCAUCAUGGUGUUUGAUGUACAGAGGAAAGUCACCUAUAGGAACCUGAGCACCUGGUAUACAGAGCUUCGGGAGUUCAGGCCAGAGAUCCCAUGCAUCGUGGUGGCCAAUAAAAUUGAUGCAGACAUAAACGUGACCCAAAAAAGCUUCAAUUUUGCCAAGAAGUUCUCCCUGCCCCUGUAUUUCGUCUCGGCUGCUGAUGGUACCAAUGUUGUGAAGCUCUUCAAUGAUGCAAUUCGAUUAGCUGUGUCUUACAAACAGAACUCCCAGGACUUCAUGGAUGAGAUUUUUCAGGAGCUCGAGAACUUCAACUUGGAGCAGGAAGAGGAGGACGUGCCAGACCAGGAACAGAGCAGCAGCAUGGAGACCCCAUCAGAGGAGGCGGCCUCUCCCCACAGCUGAGGGGCUGGGGCUAGGGGUGGGUGGAGCCCUUUUAAAAUACCCUUCCCUUCAACAGCUCUCCAGCUCUGAACGGAGAAACUCUCUAGGCCAUCCCCUCUUCUACCUCCUGCAACCCACCCAUCCUAUUAGCCUCCCACAUUCAAGGCCCGUGAUACAGGGAUGAGGUCAGCACCAGCAAACUCUGGACUGGUGGAAGAAUUCCCCACCAGAUCUCCUUGAAGCAGAAUUAGGGAUCAGCAUCAUUAACACCUUCCCCACCCCCUCCCCCCAGGCAGACAGUGAAGAGAAUCAGAAAACAUGAUUAUGUGUCACUUUAAUAAAGGAAAUUUAGGUGUU